CAAAAGAGAGACAGACCCAGAGAGAGAGAGAGAGAAAGAGAAUGGAGGGAGCGGCCCAGACCGUCUUAAGCAAUGCUGGGCAGCUAUUGGGUGCCGAGUAUCGGCUACUCCGCGGCGUCGGCGGCGAGGUAGCUGAGCUGCGGGACGAUCUAGCCACCAUGAACGCCCUCCUCCGUAUGCAGUCCGAGGCCGAGGACGGCGCCGUGGACCACUUCGCCCGGGAGUGGAUGAAGCAGUUGCGCGAGCUCGCCUACGAUGCCGAGGACUGCGUUGACUUAUACAAGCUCCGCAUCAAGUGCAGGCCGAACGACGGCGUGCGCGCUUGGUUGGAACGCCUGCUCGGGACGCUCUUGCGGCGCCGUCGCCUCGCCUCUGAAAUCAGCGCCCUCCGCGCCCGCGCCGUCGCCGUCAGCGAGCGCCACGCGCGGUACGGCGUCGACCGCGACGCACUACGCCGCUCUCCUUCUUUAUCUGGCCCUCCGGUGCUGGCGGCGUCCGCGUCUGCACAUGCGCUCCGCCCAGCCAACGGCCCUGCUGCUGACCACCAUCAGCUCGUCGGCAUCGACGACCAGGCGCGCUCCCUGGUCGAGCGGCUGAAGGAGCGGGUCAACGAAGAGCGCUAUCUCAAGGUGUUCUCUAUCGUGGGGUUUGGCGGCGGCGGAAAGACUACGCUGGCCAUGGAGGUGUGCCGGCGGUUGGAGGCGGAGUUCCCGUGCCAGGCGAUGGUGUCGUUGUCUCAGGCGUUCGAGCCGGGCAGGGACCUCAAGGCGCUGCUCAAGCGCAUGCUUCAGCAGGUCGUCAAGGUCAAAACGGAGAAUGAGAGAGGCGUCAAGGAAGAGGGGGACCUGGGAGGAAUCGACGGCUUGGAUGAACAACACCUGGCAGACAAGCUCAAGGAGAGUAUCAACGACAAAAGCCUCCAGAAUCUUAGCCAGUAG